AUGAGUCUACGACAUGAUAUAGGUGAUCAUGAAAAUGAAGUGACCAGUCUUAAUGGAAAUGGGGCUUACGUUGAAGAUGGAGAUUACGACUCUUCAAGUGAAGGUUCCGUUCUUUCAUCAGACGAAGAAAACAAGUUAGAUACUUCCAACGUAUUUGAAGGUGAAGAUGAUAUGUUCGCCAGUGAAGACGAAGACAAAUCACAUCAUGCACCUGUCCCUGAUGAUAGUGAUGAUGACGACAUGUUUGCUAGCGAUGGAAGCGACCACAUCAACGGCACAAAGCGAUCCAAACAGGUUAAAUUUUCCAAUGAUACCCAAACUGUAUAUCUACAACCCACCACCAGUGACCUCUCUUUCACAAACGCAACCGAACUGGACUCCGAAAACGAAGAAACCACCAACGACUACUACAUCAAUGCUGAAAAUUUUACCACCUCAUCACAACAACGAACCCUGAAGAACAAGAAACAACCAAAGAUCGAAGCAUUCAAUAUGGAUCAAGAAGAACGUGAUGGUCAUUUCGAUAACGUGGGAAACUAUAUCGCUAAUAAGUCAGAAGGAGAUGUAUCUGAUGAUCUGGAUAAAUUUCAAGAUGAAGAUUCGUGGGCUAGGAACUAUACCAAAUCAGAUAUCCGUAAAGCCAAACUAGCUCAAGCUAAACGAGUACAAGAUGCCAGUGAACGACAAAGGACAACCACAAGUGUCAGUAUAGAUCCAAUUGAAAGUACUCUAGCUUCUUUGAUUGAGUUAUUAGAACCGGUUGAAACUCCAAUGGAAGCGUUGGCUCGACUAAAUGCUCAACAUAGAAAGAAGAACCCAACCAAAAAGAAAAAAAACAGGAGACAAUUAAACAAGAACCAACUAGACUCAUCAAUUAUCAAAGACUGCAUAUCUCAAAUUACCAAUUUUUGUUCAAUAUUGAUCAAUGAAAAGGGGAUGGAUGACGAGGAAGUAUACGAUACGACAAGAGAAGAAUUUAUGAGAAAAUACCAAUCUAAAACAGGACAAGAGUAUAGGCAUACAAAGUUGAAACGAUCGAGAGAAAACGACAAUGACAUCUCAAGUGGCAAUGGAAUUUAUCAACCUGAACACGAGCAAGUUUCCAACGAGGAAGUUUUCAAAGAGGACGAUGAAGAUUACGGUGAAAAAAUAUGGGAAUUCAAAUGGUUAAAUGAUGAAGCCAACAUCAUCAAUGGUCCAUUUUCCAGUUAUGAAAUGAAUUACUGGAAACAAAAUUAUUUUGAAAACAACGUUGAAGUACGUAAAGUUGGUGACGGCGAAUUCAAACAUAUACAAGAAAUGUCCUUCAGCGAGGAAUCGUAA